AUGUUCAACAAUGACAGUGCCUCUGGCGAAAAUGACCCUCUAUGCCCUUUGUACGAGACCUAUACGCCCGUUCGAUUCGUAUUGAUCACACUAGCCAGUGUGAUAGCUUGCCUUGGAACUGCAGCCAAUCUUCUCCUCAUCAAGUUAUUUACAAAAAAGAAAAAGUCUCCCAGCACACCAGCAACACUUUACCCAACAAUUCUGGCUUUCCUUGACUUUGCCAUUUGUCUGGAGUAUCUCCUUCUCUUCGGCGUUGACGCGAUUGUGAGCUUCAUGAAGAUCGAGAGCCUGUUUAUUCUCUACUAUUCAUACAUCAUCCCAGCCUUCGUAGCCAGCAGAAUCACCCAGCUUGCCAUUCCAUAUAUGCUCAUAUUCGCAACUUUAGAAAGGCUUGUGUGGACGUCGGAAAAUAUAAGCAGCCGCUUCCUACUAGCCAUGUACUCGAAUUCCGGCCGAUACUUCACCGCUAUCGUAUCCCUUCUGGUAUGCGUGGCUCUUCGAUUACCGACAGCUUUUGCCAUUGAAGUAGCUGAGUAUCCGAAUUGUGAUGACUACUUCAAUACGAAGACCACUCAGCCAAGAAAUCUUCUACUUCUUCGACUGGCACGUCAUGACGAUUGCUCAGACCUUAGUGCCGUUUAUCAUCCUGUUCGCUCUGAAUAUCGUAAGCAAGCAUUUUUUGUGCAAUUUUGCGUAUAUCUAAAUGUUUUGGCUCAGGCGGAGCUGUCGAGCGUGCGGUUGCUACAAAGCUGUCGUUUUAUACAAACUGUUAUAGAUCGAAACAGAAAGCCAGUUCUGAAAUUUAAUCUGGUAAAUUAUUUGCAACGCACACGCACGGCAAUCUUGCCCUACACUCGUACCAUAUUAUUACCGUACUCGUUGAUUACGGUAAUCAUUCGAAAGCUGACUAUCACAACCCAGAAGAAAGAACUCCUUUGCGACCGUUCAUCAGCCCCAGUCGAUUCGCUGAACACUGGUAAUGAUAGCGAAGUGAUUUCGCUUUCGAUUCGACCUGUGAAGAGCGUGAGCGCUUCG